CAAAAGUUCGCGGUCUCGAGAACGCAGCAAACACACCCGAACUCACAAUGGCUGGUCGCUCCAAGAAGAAGGGCACCUCUGGUGCGGCGAAGAACUACAUCACCCGCACUCGCGCCGUGAAGAAGCUGCAGAUUUCGCUGCCAGACUUCAGAAGAUUAUGCAUCUUCAAGGGAAUCUACCCCCGUGAGCCGCGCAACAAGAAGAAGGUCUCCAAGGGCUCCACCGCUGCCACCACCUUCUACUACACCAAGGACAUCCAGUACCUACUGCAUGAGCCGCUGUUGGCCAAGUUCCGCGAGCACAAGGCCGUCGCAAAGAAGAUCGGUCGCGCCCUCGGUCGCGGCGAGUCUGGCGAUGCCGCGCGCCUCGAGAAGAACCUGAUGCCCAAGGUCAAGCUCGACCACAUUAUCAAGGAGCGCUACCCGACCUUCGUCGACGCCCUCCGCGACCUCGACGAUGCCCUCUCCAUGCUCUUUUUGUUCGCCAAUCUGCCCUCCAGCGAACACAUCCCCGCAAAGACCAUCGCCCUCUGCCAGCGCCUGACCCGCGAGUUCGAGCACUACGUUAUCACCUCCCACGCGCUCCGCAAGUCGUUCUUGUCAAUCAAGGGCAUUUACUACCAGGCAACAAUCCAGGGUCAGGACAUUCUGUGGCUCGUACCCUACCGCUUCGUGCAGCGCACAGGUGGAGACAUCGACUUCAGGAUCAUGGGCACAUUCGUCGAGUUCUACACAACACUGCUCGGCUUCGUUAACUACCGCCUCUACACCUCUGUCGGCCUCGUAUAUCCUCCCAAGUUCAACGCCAAGAGCGACGAGCAGGGUGGUGAGCUUGCUGCUUUCCAGCUGGAAGGCAAGGGUGUCAACGGAAAGGAGGCUGUCAAUGACGACGAUGAGGAUGCGGAGAUUAACCCCGAGGCACAAGCUAUUGCGGACAGGAUCGCAGCUGAGGGCGAUAUCGAAGAGGAGGUCGCUGAAGCGAUCGUCGCCGCAGCUGAGGGCGACGAUGAAGAGGAAGCGACUGAGGGCAUCGAUAAGUUCGAGCCCACCGCCAAGGGCGGUGACAUUCUGCCCCAGCCCCAGGCCAGCCGCGCCGAAGCCGGUUCGCUCUUCGCACCCUUCACAGUCUACCUCUCCCGCGAGACACCCCGUGCAUCCCUCGAGUUCAUUCUCCGAGCCUUCGGCUGCAAGCGCGUAGGCUGGGAUAGCAUCCUCGGCGACGGCGCCUUCACAACGAACGAGUCCGACCCCUCCAUCACCCAUCAGGUCAUCGACCGUCCCUCUCUCGCAAACGCCGCCGCCGCCCCCGUCUCCAACGACACCGAAGACGGCGCACCGAAAGCACAAUGGCCGCACUCCAUGAUGCCCGGCCGGACAUACAUCCAGCCUCAGUGGGUAUGGGACUCGAUCAACCAGGGCAAGCUUCUGCGUCCCGACCUGUACGGUCCUGGCGCCGAACUGCCUCCCCAUCUCAGCCCCUGGGUCAAGCCCAAGAAGGGCGAGUACGACCCCAAUCUGCCGCUCGCGGCCCAGCAGCCCGAGGGCGAGGCCGAAGCGUUCGAAGACGAGGCCGACGAGGAGACAUUCGAGCCCAAGGACGAUGACGAGGACAUGGACGCCAUUGUCGACCGUGCAGGCUCCGUCGAAGUCGGCGAGGGCAUGGACGUUGACGGCGACUCCGACGAUUCUGACGUCUCAUCGGACGACGACGACGCCGCCCCUGCGGCCGACGAGAGCGACGAAUCCGACGCCGAAUCCGAUAUGUCCGAUUCCGAAGCCCUGCGUCUGCAGCACCAAGCCGAGCUGGAAGCCGAAGCCACAGGAAAGACGCUCAAGAAGGUGGCGCCCACAAAGAAAGAGCAGAACGCCGCGAUCCGCAAGAAGGCGUCCAAGGCGCGCAAGGCAGAGGAUGAGGAGCGCGAGCGCCAGAAGAUGAUGCUGAGCAACAAGAAGAGGAAGCUCCUCAAGCGCAUCGAGUACGGCGCGAAUAAGCGCGAUACCGAGAGCGAGGGCCUGCGCAGGAAGAGGGCCAAGCUGGACAAGGCUAAGGCCGCGGCCGAGGCCAUCUAGAUGAUUUCGCUCAGUCUGAGGGUUGUCUAGAGGCAUGCAGGAUGAUCAUACCAAAAGGAUGGCGUUUGGGAGUAGUUGGUGCUGAUGGCCUGGGCAUCUGAUGUACUUUGUUGAAUCUAUGCGCAGCUUGAAUCUUGACAUCUGAGUAUCUGG